AUGACAACAUUACAAGUCUACGCGCAUAGACUUAGUGAUCCUAAUUUAGCUCCUGGACUAAAAGUAACGAUUGCUAAUGAACUCAGAGAUCAGGUAGAAAUAUUUCAAACUUUAGAGUAUCCAAGGUUUUUAGCAACUCUAAUUCCCGUCUUUAUUGACAUUCUGCAAAAUGGAAAUCCUGUCUUUCAAAGUAAUAUCCCUGAGCAAAAACUUCGUAAUAUCAUUUUGGAAAUUAUUCACCGUUUACCACAAACAGAAGCUUUGAAAGGAUACGCACCAGAUUUGUGUAGAAUGUUAAUGCACCUUUUAAAAGUAGAAAAUGAAGACAACGCUGUUGUGUGCGUGAAAAUUAUUAUCGAUUUGCAUCGGACAUAUAGAGAACUAUUAGAAGAUCAGGUUCAACCAUUUCUGGAUAUUGUUCAAGAAAUAUUCAAAAAUAUGGAACAAACAGUAAAAGACAUGUUUGACGCUCCAUCUACACCAAUUGGAUCUGCUACUCCUGGUAUAAAUCCAUUAUUAUCAAAUUCACCUCGGCCGAAUUCACCACCUGCAACAGAAUUACCUGAAAUGCCCCCUAAACCGUUACAAAAAAGUAUGUUUAGUUUUAAAGUAUUAACCGAAUGCCCCAUUAUUACCGUCUUACUUUUUCAGACACAUCGUCGAUAUGCAACUGAAAAUAUUAUUAAAUUUGUACCCUUGAUUUUUCAGAUAUUGAGCCUUCAGGCAAAACCUCAAGCAGAAGCUGCAAGUGCUGCGCAGGCUCGUGGCGAAGUUUUUGUUGGUGUUAGUUCAGAAAUUAAAAACCGAUCUGUAUACAACGACUUUAUUGUUGCCCAAGUAAAGACAAUGUCAUUUUUAGCCUAUAUCUUGAGAAGUUAUACCGCAUUUUUACGGCCAUUUCAAAAUCAAAUCCCUGAGUUUGUUUUGAGACUCUUACGCGAGUGCCCUCCCGAAUCUUCGGCCACUAGAAAGGAAUUAUUAGUUGCCACACGGCAUAUUCUUUCUACUGAUUUUAGAACGUCUUUUGUAUCAAAGAUUGAUCUGCUGUUAAAUGAGAAAGUGCUUAUUGGAACAGGUGUAACGUCUUAUGAUACGUUAAGGCCUUUAGCUUAUAGUAUGCUUGCAGAUCUAGUUCAUCAUAUUCGAUCUGAGCUUUCACCAAGUCAACUUCGUAGAACAGUCUAUAUGUAUACACGUAAUCUUCAUGAUCCGACACUUGCUCCAAGUAUUCAAACAAUGUGUGGGAAACUCUUACUUAAUUUGAUUGAUUGUAUUAUUAAAAUCCCCAAUCGAGCAGAAGGACGUGGCUUACUAAUGCGUAUCUUGGAUGCAUUUGCUCAUAAAUUUGCUACUCUUAAUAUGCAAUUUAAAUCAUGUUUGAACCAGCAUAACAAAAAGAAUCAAAAGUCAGAAGUAAAGCCUAUGACAGAGACAAAAUCAGCAGACGAUGCUAAAAGAGACACAUCGAUAUCGAUAGAGACAAUAGAUGAUGAGUUUGAUUUUGAUAGUGCACGCUCCAUUCAUACUGCUUCCUAUUUACUUGAUCCUCAGCAGGAUGGUAUUAAAGACGGAAGAUUUCUUUUUAAAAAUCUCACUAUCGGAUUGAAGCCAUUAUUUAUUGGCUUAAGGCAUUCUAAUUCGCCACCUACAAAUGAAAUAAAUCCUCAGUAUUAUGCACAAUUUGCUCGAGGCUUUUCAGAAAACGAUGUCUAUAUAUUUAUACGAUUAUUUAGAGAAAGUCUCAAGUGUUUUGAAUAUUAUAAUAUUGAUCAUUAUUAUUCACUAUCAAAAAAUAAAGAAAGUACCGAAGAAAAUUCUAUUGGAGCAAAUGAGCUAUCAUUAAAGAUUGGCACUAAACUUUCAACUGAAGAAGAGAUUAUGGAUACCCUUAGUAUUGUUUAUACACUGCUUGAUCCUGCAGUUUUUCAAGAAAUCUUUGCUUCACAGAUGGAAUUUUUCUUUGACCGUAUGCUGAUCAACACAGAUUUAGUCCAUAUUGUUCAAAAUUUCUUGAUGAACGAGAUUUCCUCACAUGGUUUUACCUCGAUUUUACUUCGUUUUUUGAUUGAUCGACUUGAUCAUUUAGGUGGUGAGGAUGUGCAUUAUUCGGCUUUGAUGCUCCAUUUGUUUCGCUUAGCUUUCAUGGCGAUUAAUCUUUUCCCAGAUGCUAAUGAGCAGAUCCUUCAACCCUAUCUAGCUAACCUUGUCACAUCUUGUUUUAAGCUUUCAUCUAAAGCAAAGGAGCCUGCUAAUUAUUUCCUGCUACUACGAGCAUUAUUUAAAAGUAUUGGCGGUGGUCGGUUUGAGCUGCUUUAUAAAGAGAUUCAUCCUCUACUUCAAGUUUUACUCGAAAACUUGAAUUCACUUUUGGUCUUGGCACAUCGUACUGAUAUGCGCAACUUAUUUGUGGAGUUAUGUUUAGCAGUACCUGUUCGCUUAAGCGCUUUAUUACCAUUCUUACCUUAUUUAAUGAGGCCAUUGGUGAUUGCACUUCAAGCAGAUAAUGAGCUGGUAACACAAGGUUUACGAACCUUGGAGCUUUGUCAUGACAAUUUAAAUCCAGAAUUUUUAAAUCAGAUCAUGGCUCCAGUUAUGCAAGAAUUAAUGAAUGCUCUAUGGAAACAUGUAAAACCCUUGCCCUAUAAUCAGCAACAUUCUCAUAUUGCUAUGAGAAUUUUAGGGAAAUUAGGUGGUAAAAACAGACGUAUAUUUAUUAAUCCUCCCGAGUUAAACUACAACACAUGCAUAGAGAGCGGUAUCUCUGUUGAGAUCGUUUUUGAUCCCAAUAGCACCCCGCAGGCUCUUUCAUUGGAUAAAUGUCUUGAAAUUGCUUGUAAAACAUUAGAGAAGCAUGAUGCUGAUAUUUUCUAUAAAAAGCAUGCAUAUGAAUUUCUCAAGGCAAAUAUCAUUUUGAUGCUUGAUUUAGAUGAAGGACCAACGAAUCUAGCUCAAUCAUUAUAUCAACGUGUAAAACGGCACCUUUUACAAACAACUAAUACAGAAAAGGUAACGACAAAAGAUAAAGUCAAACAACAACAACAAGAAGAAGAAGAAGAAGAAUCAAAAGAUAUAGAAACAUCUGACAAGGAGGAGGAAGCUGACAAACAUGAAGGAGAAAAUACAAUCGUUGGAAAUACUUUAAAGAAACAUGGAUUAAAGCCUGAGCGGUUUGUUGGUAAUGGAUAUACCAAAUAUCAAGCAAAGCGUGUUGCUCAAGAAGAGGCAUUAUGCACUAUGCUUGUCACUAUCAUGAAAGCCACUAUAUUACCUGAAAUUGCGGAUGAUGCUCAAUCCUUAUUCGAAAAUAUAUGUCGUCAUUUUAUUUUGUUGCACAUUGGCGAAGCAAUUGAAGCUAAGGAAACGGAUAAUAAACCUCUUUCAGACAUGAUGGAUGAAAAGCUAUCAAGCGUUAGUCUUAAUACUACUAUUUUAGUAGAUGCUAUUGUUAAAGUUAUCACAUCUUUGGACCUCGAGCUUCGAAAACGCGCGGAAGAAUCGGUUCUAUUUUGUUAUAAUUUUGCAGUCAAAAUACUAGGCAGUAAAGAAUUUGUCUGGCAAUUACCUAUAUUCCGUGUCUUUGCUUCACAAUUUAGUGCUUGCUGUUAUAAACAGGAAUGGUUCAUUAAGCACGGCGGUUGUUUAGGCAUCUCUAUUAUUAGUUCACAAAUGGAUAUGGGGACAAAAUGGAUGCGCGAACAUGAAAUUGAAUUCAUUCGUUCUUUAUUAUUUGUCCUCAAAGAUGCUUCACCAGAGAUGGCUAAUGCCAAUACUGCUGAAGCUACACAAACUUUAGCCCAUGUUCUUAAAGUAUGUAAUGGUAUUGAAGGUGAUGAGUCACCUGAAGCCCAACAGUUAUUCCAAACUUUGAUAGGACUACUUUUAGCAGAGUUAUCAAACUCUAAUAAAACGGUGCGUGAAAUAGUACAAUCAUCAUUUCAACUCUUGGCGGAUCUAACGGGUAAUGAGGUGACAGAGCUUCUAGCGCCUGUAAGAGAACGGUUAUUAGCACCUAUUUUUGCAAAGCCUCUUCGAGCACUUCCUUUUGCCAUGCAAAUUGGUCAUAUUGAUGCUAUUACUUAUUGUCUGACCUUAAGACCACCCUUCUUGGAAUUUAAUGAUGAAUUAAUACGUUUACUUCAUGAAGCACUAGCAAUCGCUGAUGCUGAAGAUCAAGCAUUAGUAAGCCGUAGCUCACAAUACAAGAACGCGUCUUCUUUGAUAAAUCUUCGUAUUGUAUGUAUUAAGCUUUUAUCGGCUGCAAUGGCAUGUUCUGAUUUUACAAACCAACGUCAGUCACGUACUUGUACUCGUAUCAUUCAAGUUUUCUUUAAAUCACUUUAUUCUAAAUCUCCAGAAGUCGUUGAUGCUGCACAUCGUGGUUUGAAGCAGGUGUUAGCACAACAAUACAAGCUACCAAAGGAAUUAUUACAGCAGGGUUUACGACCUAUUUUAACAACACUAUCAAAUUACAAGACACUAAGUGUUGCAGGUUUAGAAGGACUUGCUCGUUUAUUAGAACUAUUAACCAAUUAUUUCAAAGUGGAGAUUGGUAACAAAUUAUUAGAUCACUUACGACAAUGGGCAGAUCCUGCAGUGCUUCACGAGGUCUCUGAGAAAAACCUUUACGAAAAUCAUGAGGUCAAAAUUAUUGUAGCCAUCUUGAACAUCUUUCAUUUAUUACCUGCUGCCGCACAUAUUUUUUUGGAUGGUCUAGUGUCAGCAGUUAUUGAUAUGGAGGGCCAUCUUCGUCGUUCGAUCUCUAGUCCCUUCCGUCCUAAUUUGAUUAAAUAUUUGAAUAGAUAUCCUGCAGAAACAAUUGCCUAUUUUUAUGAACAUUUAGAUCAUCCUCGUCACAAUCGUCUUUUUAUAGAUAUACUUGCUGUAGAGACUGCUGGACCACUCCGCGAUGAAGUAAUUAAGUCACUUCCAACAUUGAUUGAAAAAACAUUAGGUGUAACUGAUAAUCCAGCUAUGCAUUUUCAAGGGAUACGAAUUGUUCAUGAAAUUGCCGCCUACGACUCAGAAUGGUUACGCAGUUCUGAAUUAAUGGAGAGCUUAUUAAGACUAUGGCGUUCCCCCUCACGAUUUGAAAUAAUGAAAAGGGAUGAUGAUCAAGGGCUUCAAAUGACACAUGAAUCCAUGUAUUUAGCACAAAUCUUUAUAUCUUAUCUUCGUGUAAACCCUGAUGAUAUGGAUGUUAUAUACGAAAUCGCUACUCUUUUUGCACACGAAUCUGUUAUGGAUCUUGCCUUCCUUCGUGAGUUUUUCUUGCGUGAUAUUGCUUUAGGUUAUUCAGCAAAGAGAAAGCGGCUUAUUUUAGAACGAUUUUUACAGCAAUAUAAUGAUGCAUCAGUUACAUCUCAUUGGCGUAUGAUGAUUCUUCGUCAUGUCGUUAAUCCAGCUCUCUUAGUCGCACUCUUCCAAGCGUCUGAAAGUUGUGUUGAAAUUUUUGAUACAAAGAUUAUAGAACAACUUGACCUUAAGAUUUGGAAACAACUCGGAACAGAUUUAGAUCAAGAUGAUCAGUAUGCUGAAGAUUCUCUCCGUAUUGAACUCUUACAACUGACGGCAAUGAUUGUUCAAUAUGCGCCUCAAUACGUAACUGAUUUGCGUAAAGAAAUUAUCAAAUUUGGCUGGCAUUAUUUGCGACUUGAAGAUGCUACUUGCAAACAAGCCGCUUACGUUCUAAUUGCUCGUUUUAUUACAGCCUUUGAAACACCCAGCAAAAUUGUUAUUCAAAUUUAUGCUGCUCUUCUUCGUGCUCAUUCAUCAGAGGCCCGUCCUUUAGUUAAACAGGGGUUGGAUAUCAUUACACCUGUUCUGCCUAAACGUGUACCUUUAGUGGGUAACGAAAAGAUUCCAACAUGGAUCCGUUUAACUCGUAAAGUUGUUGUAGAAGACACUCAUAGCAUAGCUCAAAUGGUUAAUGUAUACCAGCUCUUGGUGCGUCAUUCAGAUAUGUUUUAUGAAUACCAGGAACACUUCUUACCUCAAAUUGUAAAUGCUUUACCAAAACUUGGUCUUCUUCAAAACGCUACUCCCGAAAAUAAGUUGCUUAGUGUGGAAUUAUCUGAAUUAUUAUUAAGUUGGGAGAGAAGACGUCUUAAAAAUGAAUCAAAUAAAGAUAUGGAGGAAACAUCAACUAGUGUUACUCCUUCAGGUAAAAGAACUGCCGAGCCGUUAGCUGAAUCAUCGAAUAAAAAAUUGAAGUCUGAGAAUACAGAUAAUAAAGCUCUGGCAAUAUCUACAUCAUCCACUGCUAAUCUUUGUAAAGAUUACGUGCCAUCACUUGCCUUGCGUGAAAAUAUAGUUGGUUAUCUUGUUCGUCUGGCUUGUACCGUUUAUAAUCCAUCCGAUAUAAUUCAGAAAAGACUUGUUCAACGUGCGCUAGAGCUUAUUAGACAGUUCUUAGAUCCCUCUGUUUGGCCUGAUGUCAAUAUAAAAUUUAUCCACUUAGAGCGUACAUUAAUAGUUAAAGAAUUGAAUGAUAUUUUAGCCUCAAGCGUGUGUAAUGCUUUAGAAAUAUUAAAUAUUGAUAUCUCUCAUAAGCCUAACGAAUGGUUUAUUAUGAAUAUGAAUCAGCUUUUCCGACUGUUAGAGGCAAGUAUUAAAUCAGAUAAUAUGCGUAUUCACACAUCUCUUGAACCUGUUUUGUCGCAUAUAUUCCGUGCAAUCAAUUCAACAAUUAAUCCUGAAAAGGGUGAAGAAACAUUGCAUCCUGAUGUCUCUGGAUUUGUUUCGCUAGUUGAGUCCACUAUUGCUGAUGGCAUGACAAGUAUGCACAACAUAUUUGGUAUUUUUAAAUUACUUCAAGCCUUUAGUACGGGUCGUCCUGAACAAUUAGAUCCAUUUGUACCUGUUAUGGUUAAAAUGCUUCAGAAACUGACUAAAGAGUAUAUUACAUCAGCACAUGCAUCUUCAACUGCUCAGGAAUCGAUAGUUAAUCUCUUAAUACUUGGUCUUGGAGUCUUAAAGGAAAGAGUUUCUUAUCUUGGUGAUCAACGUCGCUACUUUUUAACUUGUCUUACACAGUUAAUUGAAAAAUCACCAGAUAUAGUAUUACUACAGACAAUUAUGAGUAUGGUUAAGGAAUGGACAUUAAAUAGAACAGAAACCUUCCCUACUAUAAAAGAAAAGGCAGGCUUAUUAGUUAAAAUGAUGACUAUAGAAAGCAGAAAUAAUACUCAACUUACUGAAAGCUUUUUGGACCUAGUCAUUAAGAUAUAUAGUGAUCCUUCUUUUGCUUGUUCAGAAUUGACGGUUCGAUUAGAGCAAGCUUUCUUGUUUGGUACAAGCAAUAAAAACCCUUAUAUUCGUACACAGUUCAUGCGUGUAUUUGAUCGAAGUAUCAGUCAUAAUUUAUAUACACGUUUGAAUUAUAUUUUGGGCAUUCAAAAUUGGGAAUCAUUAGCUGAUACUUUUUGGAUCCAUCAAGCGCUCGAUAUGCUUUUUGGUGCAGUCAAAAUUAAUCCUCAAAUAUCAGCACCUCACACUUUAAAAAUAAAAUCAAUUAAGUCAAUUGGGAAUCAAGCAUUAGAGCCAACAGAAAUGGAUGUGCCUAAUGAAGUCAAUGAGAUUAUUAAUCAGCAUCAAAGUUUUUUGAAGGCGUUGCAAGAAUAUGAUAUUAAUAAUGCUAUCUCUACUACUCGCUACUUACAAUACCUGGAUGACGAUACGUCAUUCAAACUUUGGAUUGAUUUAUUUCCCAUAUGCUGGAAUGCUUUAUCUGGAACUGAAAAGCAUGAUAUGAUAAAGGUCAUUAUCAAUUUACUUGCCAAAGAAUACCAUAUUAAGCAAGUAGAACUACGUCCAAACGUUAUCCAAGCAUUGUUAACUGGUAUAGCCAAAACAGGUUCGGGAAUUAAACUACCUCCACAUUUAGUCAAAUAUCUUGGUAAAACAUAUAAUGUAUGGCAUACAUCAAUUGAAAUUUUACAACAAUUUACAACUACGGGUUGUGUCAACGAAUCAUCAAAAGAUGACAUCAAUAGUAAAGAACGUACUUUAGAUGCAUUAUGUGAAUUAUACGAUGAGCUAGAAGAGAGGGAUAUGUUUUAUGGUUUAUGGCGACGUCGUAGCACCUACACAGAGACAAAUGUAGCUGUCUCUUACGAACAAAGUGGUAUGUGGUCACAGGCACAAACAAUGUAUGAAAAUGCACAAACUAAGGCUCGUAGCGGUGUCUUGCCGUUUUCUGAGUCUGAGUAUUUACUGUGGGAAGAUCAUUGGACAAAAUGUUCACAAAAACUUCAACAAUGGGAUAUUCUUAUUGACCUUGCUAAACAUGAUAAUAAUACGACCCUUUUGCUAGAUUGUGCAUGGAGAUUAUCUAACUGGUCUAUAGAACGUGAAGUCUUAGAACAAGCAAUUUCACAAGUUUCUGCUACACCUACACCUCGACUUAAGGCUAUGGAAGCAUUUUUAGUUCUAAUUAAAUCUCAAUUAACAGAUGAUCGACUUGCUGAGUUCAAUAAAGUUUGCGAAGAAGGCAUUCAGAUAUCCUUAAAAAAAUGGUAUAACUUACCACAUAUUGUAUCACAGAGCCAUUUGCCUCUAUUACAAAUUUUUCAACAAUAUCUUGAGUUACAUGAAACAAGUCAAAUUUUUGCUAAUUUAGUCAAUACAAAUAUUCAAAAUUUCGAACAAAGGUCUACUGAGCUACGCAAUGUUUUAGGCUCUUGGCGUGAACGUAUGCCUAACCCUUGGGAUGACAUAGAUAUGUGGAGUGAUAUUGUUGCUUGGCGCCAGCAUAUCUUCAAUACUAUUAAUCGUACCUACAUGCAAUUGAUUCCCAUGAUACCCCCUCAAUUAUCUCAAGCAGCGUUACAAGGUGGGAAUGCUUUUGCGUAUCGAGGCUAUCAUGAAUUAGGUUGGAUUCUCAAUCGAUUUGCACAUGUUGCCAGAAAGCACCAUCUCAAUGACAUAUGUAUCAAUAAUUUAACUAAACUGUAUACAUUACCAACUAUUGAUACAAAUGAAGUAUUCUUUAAAAUGCGUGAACAAAUUAAAUGUUAUUAUGACGAUCAUACACAAUUGACAGCUGGUUUAGACAUCAUCAAUAAUACUAACUUGAGCUUCUUUACUGUUCAACAAAAGGCUGAAUUUUUUGGCAUGAAAGGCCAAUUCCUUUCUAAGCUUAGACAUUAUAAUGAAGCUAAUGAAGCAUUUGUUAAUGCAGUUCAAAUGGAUCUAUCUUUACCUGGUGCUUGGGCCGAAUGGGGCAAGUACAACGACAAAAGAUUUAAAGAAAACCCAAACGAUUUAAGCUGGGCUAAUAACGCCGUUAGCUGUUACUUACAAGCUGCUGGUAUAUAUAAAAACGCAAAGGCAAGAAAAUACCUUUUGCGAGUACUUUGGUUACUUAGUUUGGAUGAUGAAAACGGUACUGUAUCUCGUGCGUUCGAAGGAUAUAAGGGAGAUUGGCCCAUUUGGUAUUGGAUUACGUUUAUUCCGCAACUUUUAAUGGGAUUACAUCAAAGAGAAGCCAAACAUGCUCGAGCUAUUUUAAUGCGUAUUGCUAAGCAAUUCCCUCAGGCUUUAUACUUCCAACUUCGUACAGCUAAAGAAGAAAUGUUAAAACGUGUAAAUAUGGCAAAUAUCUCAAAUAUAUCUGUGGAUCCAGCAGUCAAAACAGAAAGUCCUGCUGCAAACAUAUCCAGUAAUUCAACUUUAUCUAAUACCGCUACUGCUACUACUAAUCAUAAUAAUAAUAAUACUGCUACCAAUACAAGCAACGACGAGAAAGUGAAAGAAGAUGAGGACAAAGAAAUAUCUAAAUCUGAACCUGUUAUUGCAUCAACAAAAGACACCGAAAUAGAUGAAAAGGUAGCUGAAGACAGUAAAGACGAAAAUUCAAAAUCACUUGUUAAAGAUUUAUCUGAUAAAGAUAAUAAAGAAAAUACUAUGGAUAUUGAUGAACCAUCUGAAAGCAAAUAUGAGCCAAAUAAAUCGGAAGAGGUAAAAACUGAAGAAAGUAAAGAUACUACGGAGCCUGCUCUUGAUGCUCAAAUUAAAACUGAUAACGAUUUGGAAAAGAAAGAUAAAGUUCCUGACACAAAUGACUCUAAUACAGAUGUUUCAAUUACGGACUCUUCUACUGUAAACAAAACUAACCCUGAAUCAGUUCCUGGAAAUAAAUCUAUUGAGUCUAAAACAUCAUCUCCUAUGAUAGCAGAUACUUCUGCUGCCGCAAAUAGUAAUGCUAAUAGAUCCAUUUCUGGGACUCCUGUAUCUGCUACUUUGCAUAGUGUUGCACAUCCUUUAGAUGAAAUUAUGGCUAUGUUAAAGACAGGCUAUCCUUUACUUGCACUAUCUAUGGAAACAACGGUUGAUCAAAUACAAAUUAAAUUUAAGGCUCAACCAGAUGAAGAUAUGUACCGUGUAGUUGUGGUCCUUUAUAAUGAUGGUCUUCGACAAUUGCUUUCACGUUUAACAAAUCCUGACGAUACGCUUCAACUUACAAACACAACAAUUAGUAGUAUCGCUCGUUUUGCUAAUAGCCUGUAUCCAGGACAUCUGAAGGCUGCAUUUAUAAAUUUGAGGCUAUGCUUCAUGCUCGACCCAGAAAACUAA